AUUGGUAUCACUUUGGCGAUGAUUGGUAAAUUUGCUGUUUCUGCCGCAUUUGCCAUUGUCUAUAUAUUCUCUGCUGAAAUCUACCCAACUCCUGUAAGAACCAUAGGAAUGGGACUUUCCUCAAUGUGUGCCCGUAUUGGUGGUAUUCUGGCACCACAGAUGAUAUUAAUCAAAACACUGUGGGAACCUUUACCAAUUAUCAUAUUCGGCGCAACGUCAAUUUUAGCUGGAUUAGUGACAUUAUUGUUGCCAGAAACACGUCAUCAGAAACUACCCGAAACACUGGAAGAAGGUGAAAUGUUUGGAAAAACAUAUGCAAAACUAUCAGUUAAUAAUGUGGACAAGAAAGAAGCAAUCAUGAUGCAGGCAACUGUAUAAAGAUAUCUGUGUUCUAACUGCUCUUACACUAGUACGGUACACGCCAUGACUUUUCAAGACCAAGCAGGGUGCACCUUGCAUCGAAUACAUCCCAAUGUGUCAUUUUUGUAGCUUACAGUCUUGAAUGAUAAAAUAAUUAGCACGAUUUUGAAAAAAAAAUUCUGAUUCGAUUUAAAUAAUUUCACUGUGC